ACUAUGUCCACUUGCCAUGCAUGCGACAGCCAACGAAGAAGGAGUCAUCUGCGCUUCGGCUUCUGUCAUUUAUGUUCGAAGCUAACAUCGCGACAUUUAUUGCCAAAUACAUAUUUAAUACAGCUCCCGUUUUAUGCUUUUGAAGCUAACGUCGUCAUGUUUAGCUUCGGUUAAAUAUUUAACACAGUCCAGCAGCUUAGCUGGCACUUGGGCCUCAUUCAGGUGUGCAAGCCAGUUGAGCCAUGGCCAAUGCUCAGUCUGCUCUGAAGAUGGCCGUGUGCCUCCUCGCGAUAGCAGAGCUGCUCCUUGCCAAGAAAGAUUUUUACGACAUACUGGGAGUGCCAAAAGACGCCACUGAGCGGCAGAUCAAGAAAGCUUUUCACAGGCUGGCCAUGCGGUAUCAUCCCGAUAAGAACAACAGUGUCGACGCAGAAGUGAGAUUCCGGGAAAUUGCAGAAGCUUAUGAGACAUUAUCUGACGCUACCAGAAGACGAGAAUAUGACCUGUUUGGUGGCGGCGCUUAUUCCACGGCAGGGACGCAAAUGAGGCGGGGCUCGUACCAACCUUUCAGCUUCAAAUUCGACGACAUCUUCAAAGACUUUGACGCGUACAGCCGCGAAGACGGGCACGCCCGGAAAAAGCAACACUUCGACCAACAUUCGAAAAGUGAAUCCCACAGCCGACACGGGAGACACUUUCAAGGGGCCGGCGUAUUUGCCGAUGUGUUUGACAGCGUCGAGAAAAUGUUUGCCUUCCACAGGCACCCCACGCCAACCGAAAGUGGCUUUCGCGCUACUUCCAAACAGCACUGUAGAACAGUUACACAGCGCAGGGGGAAUAUGGUGACGACGUACACGGACUGCACUGCAUCCUAAGAUGCAAUAGCUACUAGUAUACAAUACAUUUCAAAUGAUGAGAUACUGUACGUUCAAAACUGACAAGGGCUACAACAACGGUAGACCAUUUCCAUCUUCUUUUCUCAUGCAUCUUCCUCUCUGACACUCACUCUCCUCAUGUCUUCCCUCACAGCAUCCAUCAACCUUUUCUUUGGUCUUCCUCUCGCUUUUUGCCCAGCAGCUCCAUCUUCAGCACCCUUCUACCAAUAUACUCACUCUCUCGCCUCUGAACAUGUCCAAACGAUCGAACUCUGUUCUCUCGAAUCUUGUUUGCUAAACAUCCAAUUUUGACUGUCCCUCUAAUGAGCUCAUUUCUAGUCCUAUCCAACCUGCUCACUCCAAGCGAGAACCUCAACAUCUUCAUUUCUGCCACCUCAAGUUCUGCUUCCUGUUGUUUCUUCAGUGCCACCGUCUCUAAUCUGUACAUCAUGGCCGGCCUCACCACUGUUUUAUAAACUUUGCCCUUCAUCCUAGCGGAGACUCUUCAGUCACAUAGAACACCAGACACCUUCUGCCAACUGUUCCACCCCGCUUGUACCCAUUUCUUCACUUCCUUACCACACUCUCCAUCCCUCUGGAUUGUUGAAGUCGUCCACCCUCGUCAUCUCUUCUCUCUGGAGCUUCACUCUUCCCCCUCCUCUCCUUUCCAAUGCAUUCCUCCAUCUUUCUAAUUGUUUCUCCGCCUGCUCCCUGCUUUCACUGCAUAGCACAAUAUCAUCUGCGAACAUCAUGGUCCAAAGGAAUUCCAGUCCAACCUCUUCUGUCACCCAUCUACAGCAAACAGGAAGGGGCUCAAAGCGGAUCCCUGAUGCACUCCCACCUCCACCUUAAAUUCUUCUGUCACACCUACAGCACAUCUCACCACUGUUCUUCUGCCGUCAUGCAUGUCCUGUACUAUUCUAACAUAACUCCGCCACACCAGACUUCCGCACGCAAUACCACAGUUCCUCUUUUGGUACUCUAUCAUAGGCUUUCGCUAGCUCCACAAAGACACAAUGUAGCACCUUCUGACCUUCUCUGUAGUUUUCAAUUAGCAUCCUCAAGGCAAACAAUGCAUCCAUGGUACUCUUUCUCGGCAUGAAACCAUGACCAUGAGAAAUUAAAAUGCGAGUUUGUGAUGUUAAAACUUCUGCAAGAUUUGAAUGUAGUGUCAUUUCAUUACUAUAAUUACAUAUGUGCAUGAGUUCCAUUAUUAAACAUGGGCAUUCAUAACGGUGUGGAUUAUGAAAGUGCGUAGUCUUGAUAAUUACAGAAAGCACUCAUCUUCAAUAAAAUAACUGCUAGCAAAUAGUAAGUUAGUAUUAGCACUGAUACGUUGAUGUUAGCCAGACUUACUAUGUUGUGCCAUGUUGGUAGCAUGACUACCAUGUUGUUAUGACAAAUGCUAUCACUUUGAAGUUUUAUUUGUAGAAAUGAUGAAUUAAAAAUCAAACAGGUGAAGAUUUUACCUUA